UUCUUCUUUCUUUCAGCAAUGGCAGACCAUUAUACCUACAGAGUUGGAAAGAAGGUUGCGGGAUCCAGCCGGACCAGCGCAGAGAGAGAAAGCAGAAAGGCAGAACUGAAGGUCCACCCAGCCUAUGAACAGUCUAACCUUGGAAAUGCAAUGAACGACAAAACAGAAGGCAAACGGAAAGGAAGGCCCAAGACUGAAAACCAGGCCUUGAAAGAUAUUCCCCUGCCUCUGAUGAAUCAAUGGAAGGAUGAAUUUAAGGCUCACUCCAGGGUGAAGUGUCCUAACUUGGGCUGCUGGCUGGAAUUCCCAAGCAUUUAUGGCCUGAAAUAUCACUUCCAGCGGUGUCAGGGGUUUUAUUUCUGUUUUCUCCUUUUUGAGUUAGGAAGGAAACAGAAAACGCCUAAGAAAUUUACUGGAGAGCAGCCGUCCAUCUCAGGAACGUUUGGAUUAAAAGGGCUGGCGAAAGCAGAAGACAAGGCUAAGGCUCAUCGCGCAAAGAAAUUGGAAGCUUCCCUCCUCAGCGGUAACACUGAAGAUCAUAAGAAAAAGCACGCGGGAUCCAAUGCGAAAAAAGAGGCCACCGCCUUAGCAACAGCUCCUUCGACCACAGCGACCCCUGAGGAGCAGUGGCAGCGGAUAAUCAACGAGAAGGGAGAGGUGGCUUGCCCGACCUGUGGCAUGAUCACCCGGAAGACGGUCUUAGGUCUCAAGAAGCACAUGGAAGUCUGCCAAAAACUGCAGGAUGCCUUGAAAUGCCAGCACUGUAAAAAACAGUUCAAGUCCAAAGCGGGGUUGAAUUAUCACACGAUGGCAGAACACGUGAACAAGACUGCUCCUGUGGAAGCUGCAGUCCCUCUCAGCGAACUAGGAGACAGGGAAAGGCUGAGGAAAAUGCUAAAGCAGAUGGGGAAACUCAAAUGUCCAAAUGAGGGCUGUGUGGCCACCUUCUCCAGUCUUAUGGGGUACCAGUACCACCAGAAGCGAUGCGGGAAGCAGCCGUCGGAGCUGGAGAAGCCAGUCUUCACCUGCCCCCACUGUGGGAAGGCCUACAAGUCAAAAGCUGGCCACGACUACCACGUCCGCUCCGAGCAUCCAGCCACGCCCCCAGAGCAGCCAGAGCUGCAACCCGAACCCAGCCCCGUGGAAGAUUUCGAGAGGACUCCCAGCGGCCGCAUCCGGCGCACCUCCGCCCAAGUCGCCGUCUUCCACUUGCAGGAAAUAGCUGAGGACGAGCUGGCCAAGGACUGGACCAAGCGGCGGAUGAAGGACGAUCUGGUCCCCGAAACAAAGCAACUAAACUACACUCGGCCUGGACUUCCCAAGUUGAACCCGCGGCUUCUGGAGGCCUGGAAGAAUGAAGUCAAAGAAAAAGGACACAUCAAUUGCCCAAAUGACUGCUGUGCAGCCAUUUACUGCAGCGUGUCCGGCCUAAAAGCCCAUCUGGCCAACUGUAACAAGGGAGGUCAUUCGGUGGGCAAAUAUCGUUGUCUUCUGUGUCAGAAGGAGUUUAGCUCAGAAAGUGGGGUCAAAUACCACAUCAUCAAGACACACUCAGAGAACUGGUUCCACACCUCAACCGAUUCUUCGAAGAAAAAGAAAAGUAAAGAACCGAGGACACCCAGCAACGAAGAACAAAAGACUAGCCCCGACGGCAAGAAACGAGGCCGGAAGCCGAAGGAAAGGCCCUCCGAAUUUUUCCCUAAAGACACAGAGAGCCUUCUGGGAAAUAUUAACCACAAGAAAGCCACGUCGCCGUGGCCGGUGGCAAACUGCAUCCUGGAUGAAAAAGAGAGAGGUAACAAACCCUUCCACGCCCCCAAAUUCGGGGCUAGUAAAAUGCCAGAAAAAUAAGCCGAGGGGUCAGGAAAAAAAAUAAAAAUAAAAUAAAACCCACUUUAAAGAUUAGUUUACAGGGUGGUAGGUGAGCAGGACGCUCCUUCAUUGGCUGAGCCCUUCCUCCCAUUCCUCUCCUUCCUUCCUUUUUCUUUUUUCUAAAAAAAAAAAAAAGUGACAAACCACUUUAAGGCACGGAAACAAACAUUGGGUUUUAUUUUCGGAGACGGACUCGACCUUCUGGCGUGAUUCUUCCACCCGGAACCCCCCACCUGGAUUGUACAUUAAUGCCCGCCCGCGUGGGCUUGGACCACGUCCAUGGAUCGGAUGGGUACCACAGCGAAAGGCAGGGGCGCGUGGCGGUUUCUUCAAAAGAGACACUGCAGGAACGAGCGAAGUGCAAUAGGGAAACCAAGUUAAGCAGUUUGGGGUUUUUUGUUUUGUUUUUUCCCUUCUCUUUUUUUGUGGAUUGCUUUCCUAGUAGCAGUCAUGUGCUUAGCAAAACGGAGCGUGUUUGGAAGUCCCGCGGACGGAAACAAAUAUUGUGGUUGUGGCUGCAAACCCAGCUUACUUUUUAUAAUUUUGAUAGGAAAGGCAUUUAAAAAAAAAAAGUAUCUGAGAUUGUUUGACAAUGAACUGUUGAGGGGUGUGGGGGAGUUGGGUUGGUGAUGAUGAUGAAAUAUCCUGAUUUUGAAUUUUUGUUUUGUUUGUAUUUAUGGUCCAACCAGAGAUAAAACCAAGAGGCUGAUGGGCCCCUGCCUGUAAUUUGGAUAACAAAAAACUUUGGGGGAAAAAAAUGAAAAGUUUAGGAAAAACUAAUAUUGGAGCAAGGAACUUUUUGGCAAGGAGAUAUUUGGAGAAGUUUUCUUAAAGAGGGAGGUUUAAUUGUGGAAAAAUUCGGGCCCUUCCGUGAAACUCUUUAUUUGUUUAUUUGUUUUUUAGUUCUGCUUUGAAAAGCAGGUAUUUGUGAGGAAAAAAAGGCCCUUAAAAAUAUCCCAUGGAGAAAGAUAUGCUAAAUCAAUCUAAUGAAUGAAUUAAUUAAUCUGUCAUUUUAUUUUCCCGUAGUGCAGAGGUGUCCAACCUUAGUUAUUUUAAUAUCUCUGGACUUCAACUCCCAGAAUCCCUCAGCCAGCAUGGCUGGACUUCAACUCCCAGAAUCCCUCAGCCAACAUGGCUGAGCGAGGAAUUCUAGGAGUUGAAGUCCACAGGUCUUAAAAUUGCUGAAUUUGGACACCCCCACUGCUAUAGUGUUUGGAAACGCAGUGGUGUGGGAUUGUGGAGUUUGUUAUAAGUUGCUGAGAUGUAUAUUACAUUAAUGCAAUGUCCUUGAUCCUUCCCCUCAAUUAAUGCCCAGCUUUUUAAUUCAAAGCCAGGGACGGGUGAAUUUACACAUUUGGCCAUUUCGCUAUAUUUUUUCAUUUUUGUGUAAACCUGUCCGGUUCUUUAACGCUGAGAUUUUUUCCCCUCCCCUUCGAGUUUGCACUAAAAUUGGUAUGCACUUGCGUGCACAUUUCUUCGAGCAUAAACUUUUUGUAUUUUUCCUAGCAUCCUCUGUUGUUGCAAUUAUGGCAAGUGCGUCUUUGUACAUUAUUUCAGGAAUGCCGUUGUAAUUGUGUAGUCUUCUCCCUUUAAAAGCAACAACAACAAACGAACUGCUUUGCAAAGUUUGAGAACGUGUGACUUUCAAAUGAGAAUAAAACUUUCAGUCCUCAUAAUUUAUUCCAAAUAUGCCAAAUUAGCAAAGAGAGCAUUUAAAUAACCCAUCUUCAGUUGGAUCUGCCUUUCACACGGACCGUUGUUGAUCGCACUCAUUGUCCAAUUUCAAAAUGUUGACAUAGGAAUUUCUAGAAAAAAGGCUGGCUGGCAUAUCUCAAAAAGGCUAGCUCUCUGCUAUUUUUUUUCCGGAAACAUUAAGUUGAGCUCCCCAAGACAUUUACCUGCAAGUCACAAAGUGGCAGGAGUCUUAUAUUUUUGAGCUGGAAAAAACUGAAUAAUUUUUCUCCACGCAAAACCACAGCUAGACUAUAAAAUGCAGUUAAUCCUCAGUUAACUACAGAUAGUCCUCGACUUACAACCACAAUUGAGCCCAAAAUUUCUCUUGUCAAGUGAGCACAUUUGUUAAAUGAGCUUUGCCCCAUUUUACGACCGUACUUGCCGCCAUUGUUAAGCGAGUCAUUGCAGUUAAUAAGUUACUAACACGGUUAUUAAGUGAAUCUGGCUUCCCCAUUGGCUUGUCAGAAGGUCCCAAAAGGGGAAUCACAUGACCUUGGGAUACAACAACGGUCAUAAGUAUGAGUCAGUUGCCAACUAUCUGAAUUUUGAUCACAUGAUGGUCAUUAAGUGUGAAAGACUGUCAGAAGCUGAUCAUGGGACCUCAGGAGGCCUCAACUGUCAUAAAUAUGAACCAGUUGUUUAAGAAUCCAGAUUUCAAUCACGUGAUGUGAUGACCCAGGGCAUGGCACAAAAAUAACAAAGUCACAAAACUAGAUAAAUUCCCUUUAAUAUCUCCAACUUGGCCCUCAGUGUCCAGUUAUCCUCAUCUGGAGCUCAAACUCUUCCAAAAACAGUCUACAAAGGGAAGAAAUUCAGUCCGAACCCAAAGUACAAAUAAAUUAGAAAU